AUCAUUUUUCUAUGUGUUUGAUGAUGAAGUUGGACGUGUGGGGAAUAUGCAAAUGUAAAUUGUAUGUGUGAAAUUAUGUAUCUUGAUGUUGAAGCAUAGUUGUAACUUGGUAACAUGAAUUGCACGAAUGUUGGAAUGUUGUUGAAUGCCGUAGGGGCUGUUUUUAAUUGAAAUUUGAUGGAUUGAUUUGAAUUAAUAUUUUGGUUGUUGUAAUCAUAGAUUAUGUGAUGAGAAUGACGGAAUUUAAUGGUUAGAGUUGGAGUUAAAAUUGUUGUGGGUUGUUGUAAGGAUUAUAGAGAUAAUAAUGUGAUUUACUUGCAUAUGAAUAGAUGAUGUGGUGUCGUGUGGCUGGUGUUGUAUUUCCCUGAAAUUUGCUGAAAAGAUGGCAUGAAAUAAGGCGUAAGAAGUGUAUAUGGGCUGCUUGGUGUGUUGUAAGUGUUCGUUAGAAUUUCGGGCAUCGUUAUGUUAUAGUUUAGGGGCUGUUUUCGGCCCAAUUUGGAGAAAUUGUUAGAUCGUUGGAAAUAUUAUGUGAAUUAUUUAGAAUGUUCUUGAAUGUUGUUAGUAUGGGUUUGGGUUAGUAUUUGAAUGUAUAGGCGUUGAUGUUGGCUUGAAGGUAAGCCGUUGAAUUGAAUAUUUGGAAAGUUGUCGAAUGAUGAAAAAGAGAGUAUUAAUGUAAUAUUGUCUUUCAGAUUGGUUAUUGGAGUUGCUAGGUUGGUUAUUGUGGUUGUUGCUGUUGAUUUUGAGCGAGUUAAAUUCUCGGGUUGGCCUAUUUACAGGGGAAAUGCUGCCGAAUUUUCUGUAGAAUUUAAUGUUAGUUUGGAAUGAAUGGCUUAAGUGCCUAUGUUUAAUAUUGGAUAUUCGUUGGCAUAUUUGUAGACCUUGGGGAGCCCGAGGCGUAGAUUGGGAUUUACUUUAGAUUGGCUAUCUUGGAGUGCGUACGAGGUAUGUAAAGCGCAACUCUUCUUUCUUUUGGCAUGCCUUAGUUUUCAAUAGGUUAUAUCACGAGCCUCGAGGAAAUUCCAAAUUCGAAAUCCGAGCACGUUAUGAUCCUUAUAUAUAUUUCUUGGCAUUCUUAUGUAUGAUGUGAUGAAAUAUGAACCUUUAUGUUUUUGAAAGAAUUGAUUUCCAAACUUUGUACAAAAAUAGUUGUUUUAAAGAAUUCCGUAACUACGAAACGCCAUAUCUUUCACCGAAAGGCUCGGAUAGCUUCAAUAUUGUUGUAGAAGUUUAUAUGGCAUAUAAUGAGUAUAUUUUCCAUAGGCGGGCCCGAUUCGGGUCAAUACCCAUCUGUGGGUCCCGCGACUUUCCUUUAUGUAAUUCGGACGACUUUUGAAAGAAUUUGGUAUGAUUAUCAUUUCGAAUUUCAAGUAUGGUCAUUUACUUAUAUUUGAGUCUAUGAUAAUGAUUUUAUGCAUAUGGUUACUCAUGACUCUGCUCGUGCGUUCUGUUAUAUCUUUCGCCGGUUCCCGGCCCGUUCUGUUAUCGUGCGCAUUUUGAUAUACUCCGGAGUUAUGCUGUGUUAUGGUUCUCCGAGCUACUCGCUAAUGAGGGUCGGGUUCCACCUAUAUUUGGUGUUAUGCUGUGUAUGGUGUUAUGUUGUGAUGUGAUAUGUGACGGGGAUACGGAGAUUUGAAACUUUCUGGUGUUAUGCUGUGUUAUGGCGCCAUCGUCGGGUGGGCGACCAUAUUCUUCUGUACCCUAUGCAUUACUUACAUAUUUUUGAAAGUACAGACGCACAGUUUGGUGAUCUACCCAUUUAGGACACCCUCUUCUGCUGUUUGGAGUGCUCUUCUCAUUUCAGAGCACACAUUUUGGUAUAUAUUCGUUCGCUAUGUAUACAUGUAUUUGUUCAGGGGCACGGCGGGGCCCUAUCCCGCCAUAUGAUUCAGUUUGUCUGUUUAGAGGUCUGUAGACGUAUUUGUGGGUGUGUGUGUCUACUUCUGUACGGAUGUGUUUGCAUGACUCUAUUCGUUAUGGCAGCCUCGUCGGCGUGCAUUUUGUAUAUGUUUGUGGCAGCCUUGUCGGCGUGCAUUUGUAUAUGCGUUUUGGGCCGUUGUGCCAUUUGACAGCCUUGUCGGCUUUUGACAUAUUUGAUAGCCUUGCCGGCUUUUUGAUAUAUGUGCAUAUGUUCGGCGAUGUAUAUUCCGCUGCCUCUUCUGAUUCUGAUAUAAUGUUUUGUACGCGCAAUCGCGCAAGAUAAUAUUCGUUCUCAACUCUGUUUAAAAAUGAUGAUUUAGUUUGUAUGUCCGUUUGGGUGCCCAAGUAGGGCACCAGUCGCGGCCCACGGGGUUGGGUCGUGACAACAUCGUAGAGGAUCACAUGCCCGAGCGUGUCUUACGACAGUUUGGGCAUACACAGAGUAUACCCCCUGAUGUCCGUCAUGAGCUCCAACACUACCAGCGGGACGAUCGAGCUGCCGUUGAUGAUGAUGUUUUGGCUUUCAUGGAUGUCCAGCUCUACCGUUGGCAUAACAGAUUGGGCACUUUAGCGGUGGUCGGCCAUUUGACUCCCAUUGAGCAUUACAUGCGCUGGUAUCAUCAGAUCACACGUCGAUUAAUCAGCAACCCAACUUUGCGUCCCCCUAGGGAUGUAAGAUAUUCAACACUCGCGGGGCAGUACGAGGCAUUGGUAAGUUUAUCGUAUUUAGAUUUAUCUAAUUUCAUUAAUUGUUACGUUUUAAAAAUAAACUUUUUUUGUUUUUGUUAAAUACAAAUGCAGCUGGUGGCCGUACAACAUUUACGCAUCUUGGGGUUAGAGCAUAUGCCUUACCCUGGGCUUGCCGCGGAGAUGGUUAGGAUUUCCGAGGAUGGUAUCCGCCAGGCAGGCGAGAUUAGGCGCAUGGUGGAGCCUGUUCCAGAGGCUGAGUAUCAGGCAGCACCGGGUGCUCCCAGAGGAGGAGGCCGUGCUGGCAAAGGACGCCGUGCUGCCGGAGGACGCGGCGCUGCUGCUAGAGGACCUGGUGGUGGAGGACUGGUAGAUGAGGCGGAUGAGGCCGAUCCCAUUCCAGAGGGCGUUCACGGUCUAGUCCAUCCGCAGCCCUUCCAGGCCGGUGGCAGCUCACCUGGGGACUCACCUACGUUUACGCCGGCGCUCUUACUUGCUGAGAUACCCGGGUCUUCAUCACAGCCGAGCCAGAAUGCAUACAUGGAGGAGCGUGAUAACGUUGAUUGGGCGGCGUUACGCGCUUCAUUAGCUGAUGAGCGGCCUGUGAGGAAUUUAGAGAGAGCCCGGAUUCUUGACUUCGAUGAGUUUUUUAUCCCGGUUAGUAUUUAAAAUACUUAUUUGUUCAUUUAAAUUUUUUAUUUUAAAUAUAUAUAUGUUACUCAUUAUUUAGUACUAUUUUAUAUUUUAGGAUUCGGCGCCAACGGGUCCACUAGAGCCACACACUCAGGCAUUUUCUCAUGGGCCUGCCGAGCCAGCGAUGUCUUCCCAUGUGACUGUCGAGCCACAUGUAAACUUUUAAUUAAAAUUAGUUUUAUUCAAUAUAAGGUCAUUAUUUAAUAUACAUAAUUGAUCAUUUAAAGUACUCAUUAUUUCAUUUUUUUCAUAUUUUAGGAUUCGGCGCCAGUGGGUCCACAGGAGCUGCCCAUUCCGGAGCAUUCUCAUCAGCCUGCCGAGGCAGAGGUGUCUUCUCAUGAGACUACCGAGGCGCAUAUAAGUUUUUUACUUAAAACUAAUUUUAUUUAAUAUAAGAUAAAUAUUUAUUUAAUUUUUGUAACCUUUACUUGGACUUCGAACAGCAUCUUGUCCAGGAGACUACCUCAUAUUCACCACCAGACCCAUCUCAGGAGCCUACAGAGCCAUCUCAGGAGCCUACUCAGGCGCCCGUUGACACACAAGUUUGAUUAAAUAAAUAACGUUAAUGUAUUCAAUAUAAAUAAGAAAUGGUACUAAUAUUUAUAUACUUUUCAGGUUCAUCCUUCGGCGCCUGCGGUGGCGACUUCCGACGAGGAAGAGGUCGAGUUUCCAGACCCAGCUCAGCCUGAGGUUCUGAGCGUGCCAGCGGGACUAGAUCCCAAGAAGAAACACGUUCUAGUUAAGGGC